AUGACAACAGCGUUUAGUGCGUUACUUGUCGUGGCUGCGCUUCAACCACACGUCGCUGCGAGUAACGGUUUUUCAAUCGAGAUGUCGCCCGAGGGCAGAGAAGACUCACAUGAUGAGCCCGUGUUACAAAUAAAGGACGUGACAGCUCCUGAUGCGUCUACGGACAAGUCGAUUCCUGCGCCAACGUCUGCUUCGGGUCCACAGGACACACCCGACUUGCCGGAUUACAAAUGGUACUGGCACCAUGGCGAGGACUCCAUGUUCGCCCAGGACAGUGAUGUGUUUAAGAACUUCAAGCCAAACGAUACGGACCAGACGUGCUCGUUUGAUACGCAUGCUACGCCUUUCAAUAAACAAGUUCGUGGUGUAAAUCUCGGCGGUUGGCUCGUAUUAGAGCCAUGGAUCACGCCUUCACUCUUUUACCAGUUCUUGAACACGCAGCAACGAUUUGGAGACAAAGCUCCCGAGAAAACAGCAAUGGAUACGUAUACGUUCUGCACGGCACUUGGAAAGGAAGAAGCGAAUCGACAGCUACGUAUUCAUUAUGACAAUUGGGUCACGGAGAAAGAUAUUGCUGCACUUGCUGCAGCAGGUAUCAAUUCGCUUCGUAUUCCUGUUGGUGACUGGAUGUUUAAUCCUUACGAACCUUUUUCUGGCUGCACAACGGGUGCCGUCGAUGCGCUCGACCGUGUCGCUGACCUUGCACUUAAGUACGGCCUUGACAUUCUAUUGGAUAUGCAUGGACUCAUUGGUUCCCAGAAUGGAUUCGAUAACAGUGGCAGGUCUAUGUCUGUCAAGUGGACGUCCAUUGCUAGUACGCAACCUGUGGGAACGACUACUUUUGAGCAUUGGCCUAUUCGUCAAGCCGAAUGGGCUGGUACGUUUGAUGUCGAGAACCACAAUUAUUCAAGCAUCAACUACUCGAACCUAAACCAUUCAAUUGUGGUUGUCGAAGCAAUUAUUAAUCGAUACAAGGGACACGAAGCUAUAAUGGGAAUUGAGCCAGUGAAUGAACCGUGGGAACUUACACCUAUUAAAGUACUUAAAGAAUACUAUUGGAAGUCGUACAAGCGAGUAAAGGCUCUCGCACCUUUGUGGAAGUUCAUUAUUCACGACUCAUUUCGUUUCGGACUGGUAUUCUGGGCUGAUUUCCUCCGAGGCUGCCCCGAUAUCGCGCUCGACACGCACAUUUAUCAAGCUUGGAAUUCACCUGGAACGAUUGAAGAUUUUUUUUCAAACGCUUGUCAGCAGAAGUAUGUCAUUACCAAGAUGGAAGAUGCCAUGAUGCCCGUUAUUGUAGGCGAGUGGUCGAUCGGCACGGACAAUUGUGCAAUGUGGCUGAAUGGCUUCAAUGACAAUUUGCCAGGCUUCCCCAAAGUCCAAUGCCACAUGGUAGACUGUCCUAUAAACAGCACGUAUCUUGGCGACGGUUUUCCAGGUACUCCUUUGGACGAGACUAAGCCGAUUCAAGGCCCAUAUGGCACUGGCAUGUCUGGACCGUCGUUCGGCAAGUGCCCUGUUACCAGUCAGAACUCUUUUCACCAGCAUGACGAUGCUGCAUUAACCAGGGCGUUAACUCUGAAAAAGCUAAAUGGUUUUGCUGUUGGUCACGGGUGGUACUUUUGGAACUUCAAAACGGAAUUCGCUACAAAGUGGAGUUUCUUGGACUUGGUUCGUCAGGGCGCAUUCCCCAAGAACGUGUCGAAUUACCACAGCGAUGACGGUGUUGAGACGGCGUGCAGGAAGGAGGACAGUGGUGACUUUGUUUGCCAUGCAAAGCGCGGUGUUGAAGAAUUUGAGCUCAAGAGCGGUCUUGCAUUUGCGUGCAAUUACCCAGAGAUCGACUGCUCGGACAUCAAGAAGCGCUUCCACACCUUGGAAGAGCAAUGCGACUGGGCAUUUGACCAGUAUUGGCAUCUCAACCGCGAAAAGGGCGCGACGUGUGAUUUUGGUGGAGCUGGGCAUCUGCUCAACGUGACGAUCUCUACUCCCAAAGAACUCCCUUCACAUACUCAAACGUCCAAGAAGGUGAAGCCAAGCCAUUUACUCGCAUCAGUGGCGAAGUGGAGUUUUGCAACCAUCAUGGGUGUCGUUGCCCUUGCUCUGGUGGCAGUUGGCGCUGCGAUCUUCGGCGUUGUGCGUUGGCGUCAGCACCGUGUGCGCCGCCAAUAUUCACCUAUCGGAGGUCGUCUGUAA